CCCCACCAUGGAUCACUCAUUCAGCGGGGCGCCCCGAUUCCUGACCCGGCCCAAGGCCUUUGUGGUGUCGGUGGGGAAGGACGCCACGCUGAGCUGCCAGAUCGUGGGCAACCCUACGCCGCAGGUGAGCUGGGAGAAGGACCAGCAGCCGGUGGAGGCGGGCUCUCGCUUCCGGCUGGCCCAGGACGGCGACCUGUACCGCCUCACCAUCCUGGACCUGGCCCUGGGCGACAGUGGGCAGUACGUGUGCCGCGCGCGCAAUGCCAUCGGCGAGGCCUUCGCGGCCGUGGGCCUGCAGGUGGACGCCGAGGCCACUUACGCCGAGCAGGCGCCCCACUUCCUGCUGCGGCCCACGUCCAUCCGCGUGCGCGAGGGCGCCGAGGCCACCUUCCGCUGCCGCGUGCGCGGCUCGCCGCCCAUGGCCGUGAGCUGGGCCAAGGACGGCCGGCGCCUGGGCGCGCCCGACGCCCCCCGGGUGCGCGUGGAGGCCAGCGGCGAGGCCAGCGCGCUGCGCAUCCAGUCCGCGCGGCCGCGCGACGGAGGCACAUACACGGUGCGCGCCGAGAACCCGCUGGGCGUCGCCAGUGCCGACGCCGCGCUCACGGUAGACGCGGACCCAGACGCCGCCCCGCCGGGAGCCUCCACUGCCGGGCUUCUGGCGCACCUGCAGCGGCGUCGGGAGGCGAUGCGCGCCGAGGGCAUCCCUGCCUCGCCACCUGGCUCUGGCACGCGCACCUGCACGGUGACUGAAGGCAAGCACGCGCGCCUCAGUUGCUACGUGACGGGCGAGCCUAAGCCAGAGACGGUGUGGAAGAAGGAUGGCCAGCUGGUGGUGGAGGGCCGGCGACACCUGGUGUACGAGGACGCUCAGGAGAACUUCGUGCUCAAGAUCCUCUUCUGCAAGCAGUCGGACCGGGGCCUCUACACCUGCACGGCGUCCAACCUGGUGGGCCAAACCUACAGCUCCGUGCUAGUCGUCGUACGAGAGCCCGCCGUGCCCUUCAAGAGGCGACUUCAGGACCUGGAGGUGCGGGAGAAGGAGUCGGCCACGUUCCAGUGCGAGGUGCAGCUGCCGUCCACGGAGGCCGCGUGGUACAAGGAGGACACGCGUCUGUGGGCCAGCGCCAAGUACGGCAUCGAGGAGGCGGGCACUGAGCGCAGGCUCACGGUGCGCAACGUCUCGGCCGACGACGACGCCGUCUACAUCUGCGAGACCACGGAGGGCAGCCGCACGGUGGCAGAGCUAGCGGUGCAAGGAAACCUCAUUCGGAAGCUCCCGAGGAAGACCGCGGUGCGUGUGGGUGACACGGCCAUGUUUUGUGUGGAGCUGGCCAGGCCCGAGGGCCCUGUCCACUGGCUGAGGAACCAGGAGGAGAUGGUGGCCGGGGGCCGCGUGGCCAUCACCACAGAAGGCAUGUGCCACACGCUGACCAUCUCCCAGUGCAGCCUGGAGGACAUGGGCGAGGUGACCUUCACUGCUGGUGACUGCCGGACGUCCACCCAGUUCUUCGUGUCUGCCCCUAGGAGGCCGCCCCUGCAUGCCCCUGAGGCCCCUGUGGUAAAGGGAAGGACAGAGUGUUCUGUCACCCUUGCCUGGUCCCCACCACCCCAUGGGGACCGCCCUGUCCCCAUCGACGGGUAUCUGGUGGAAAAGAAGCGGCUUGGUGCCUACACCUGGAGCCGGUGCCACGAGGCGGAGUUGGUGGCUGAACGUGAGCUGACUGUGGCCAGCGUGGCUGAGGAGGGGGACUUCCAGUUCCGGGUAUCAGCUGUGAACAGCUUUGGCCAGAGCCCCUACCUGGAGUUUCCAGGGACUGUCCACCUGGCCCCCCAGCUGGCUGUGAAGACUCCUCUGAAGGCAGUGGAGGCGGUAGAGGGUGGCGAGGUGACCUUCUCGGUGGACCUCACUCUGGCCUCUGCUGGAGAGUGGUUCCUGGAUGGCCAGGCCCUAAAGGCCAGCAGUGUGUAUGUGAUCCGUCACGACGGCACGCAGCAUGCCCUCACCAUCCGCUCCGUGUCCGCCAGCAUGCAUGGCGCUGAGCUCAAGUUCGUGGCCAACGGAAUUGAGAACAGCAUCCGUAUGGAGGUCCGAGCCCCAGGGCUGGCCGCCAAGCGUCCAGUGGCAGCUGUGAGGGAAGUGCUGGCCCGGCUGCAUGAGGAGGCACAGCUCUUGGCAGAGCUCUCAGACCAGGCUGCGGCGGUGACAUGGCUGAAGGACGGCCACGUGCUGCCCCUGGGCCCCAAAUACGAGGUCCAGGCGAGUGCCGGACAGCGGGCACUGCUGGUGCGGGAUGUGGUGCGAGAUGAUGCUGGCCUGUAUGAGUGUGUCAGCCGUGGGGGCCGCAUCGCCUACCAGCUGUUGGUGCAAGGGCUCACUCCCUUUCUGCACAAGGACACAGCUGGUGGCUUGGUGGAUGCCGUGGCCGGGGGCCCAGCCCACUUUGAAUGUGAGACUUCUGAGGCCCAGGUUUGUGUGCGCUGGUACAAGGAUGGCACGGAGCUCAGCCGCUCCAGCCAGCGCUUCCUGCAGGAGGACGUGGGAACGUGGCACCGGCUGGUGGCAGCCUCGGUCACCAAGCAGGAUGAGGGCACCUACACAUGCCGUGUGGGCGAGGACUCCGUGGACUUCCAGCUGCGUGUCAGUGAGCCCUCAGCCGUGUUUGCCAAGGGGCAGCCGGCAUGCAGUGAGGUGCAGGCCAAGGUGGGGGCCAGCGCCAUGCUGAGCUGCGAGGUGGCCCAGGACAAGACGGAGGUGACGUGGUACAAGGGCGGGAAGAAGAUGAGUGCCAGCUCCAGAGUGCGCAUGGAGGCCACGGGCUGCAGCAGGAGGCUGGUGGUGCAGCAGGCGGGGAAGGUGGACGCCGGGGAGUACAGCUGCGAGGCCAAGGGAGAGAAGGUCUCCUUCCGCCUGGACAUGACAGAACCUGUAUUGGUGUUUGCCAAGGGACAGACAACACACAGUGAGGUACAGACCAAGGCGGGGGCCAGUGCCACACUGAGCUGUGAGGUGGCCCAGGACAAGACGGAGGUGACAUGGUACAAGGACGGGAAGAAGCUGAGUGCAAGCUCCAGAGUGCGUGUGGAGGCCAAGGGCUGCAGCAGGAGGCUGGUGGUGCAGCAGACGGCAAAGGCGGAUGCGGGGGAGUACAGCUGUGAGGCUGCGGGGGAGAAGGUCUCCUUCCACCUGGAUGUCAUUGAGCGCUCGGCCAUGUUUGCUAAGGGGCAGCCAGCAUGCAGUGAGGUGCAGGCCAAGGCAGGGGCCAGUGCCACGCUGAGCUGCGAGGUGGCUCAGGACAAGACGGAGGUGACAUGGUACAAGGAUGGGAAGAAACUGAGUGCCAGCUCCAGAGUGCACAUGGAGGCCAAGGGCUGCAGCAGGAAGCUGGUGGUGCAGCAGGCGGGGAAGGUGGAUGCUGGGGAGUACAGCUGUGAGGCCGGGGUCCAGAAGGUGUCUUUCCACCUGGAUGUCACAGAGCCCUCAGCUGUGUUUGCCAAGGAGCAGCCAGCAUGCAGUGAGGUGCAGGCCAAGGCGGGGACCAGUGCCACACUGAGCUGCGAGGUGGCCCAGGACAAGACAGAGGUGACGUGGUACAAGGACGGGAAGAAGCUGAGUGCCAGCUCCAAAGUGUGCAUGGAGGCCAAGGGCUGCAGCAGGCGGCUGGUGGUGCAGCAGGCAGGGAAGGCAGAUGCCGGGGAGUACAGCUGUGAGGCCGGGGGCCAGAAGGUGUCCUUCCACCUGGAUGUCACAGAGCUUGCAGCUGUGUUUGCCAAGGAGCAGCCGGCAUGCAGUGAGGUUCAGGCCAAGGCAGGGGCCAGUGCCACAUUGAGCUGCGAGGUGGCCCAGGACAAGACGGAGGUGAUGUGGUACAAGGAUGGGAAGAAGCUGAGUGCAAGCUCCAGAGUGUGUGUGGAGGCCAAGGGUUGCAGCAGGAAGCUGGUGGUGCAGCAAGCGGGGAGAGCAGAUGCCGGGGAGUACAGCUGCGAGGCCAAGGGAGAGAAGGUGUCCUUCCACCUGGAUGUUACAGAGCCUGCAGCUGUGUUUGCCAAGGAGCAGCCAGCACACAGUGAGGUGCAGGCCAAGGCAGGGGCCAGCGCCAUGCUAAGCUGCGAGGUGGCCCAGGCCCAGACAGAGGUGACGUGGUACAAGGACGGGAAGAAGCUGAGUGCAAGCUCCAGAAUGCACGUGGAGGCCAAGGGCUGCAGCAGGUGGCUGGUGGUGCAGCAGGCAGGGAAGGCGGAUGCCGGGGAGUACAGCUGUGAGGCCGGGGGCCAGAAGGUGUCCUUCCACCUGGACAUCACAGAGCCUGCAGUCAUGUUUGCCAAGGAGCAGCCAGCACACAGUGAGGUGCAGGCCAAGGCGGGGACCAGUGCCACACUGAGCUGCGAGGUGGCCCAGGCCCAGACAGAGGUGACGUGGUACAAGGACGGGAAGAAGCUGAGUGCCAGCUCCAAAAUGCGUGUGGAGGCCAAGGGCUGCAGCAGGCGGCUGGUGGUGCAGCAGGCAGGGAAGGCGGAUUCUGGGGAGUACCUCUGUGAGGCCGGGGGCCAGAAGGUGUCCUUCCGCCUGGAUGUCACAGAGCCUUCAGCUGUAUUUGUCAAGGAGCAGCCAGCAUGCAGUGAGGUGCAGGCCAAGGCGGGGGCCAGUGCCACACUGAGCUGUGAGGUGGCCCAGGCCCAGACAGAGGUGACAUGGUACAAGGACGGGAAGAAGCUGAGUGCGAGCUCCAAAGUGCACGUGGAGGCCAAGGGCUGCAGCAGGCGGCUGGUGGUGCAGCAGGCAGGGAAGGCCGACGCCGGGGAGUACAGCUGUGAGGCCGGGGGCCAGAAGGUGUCCUUCCACCUGGACAUCACAGAACCUACAGUGGUGUUUGCCAAGGAGCAGCCUGCACGCAGUGAGGUGCAGGCCAAGGCAGGGGCCAGCGCCACACUGAGCUGUGAGGUGGCCCAGGACAAGACAGAGGUGACAUGGUACAAGGACGGGAAGAAGCUGAGUGCGAGCUCCAAAGUGCACAUGGAGGCCAAGGGCUGCAGCAGGCGGCUGGUGGUGCAGCAGGCGGGGAAGGCGGAUUCUGGGGAGUACAGCUGUGAGGCCGGGGGCCAGAAGGUGUCCUUCUGCCUGGAUGUCACAGAACCUACAGUGGUGUUUGCCAAGGAGCAGCCUGCACGCAGUGAGGUGCAGGCCAAGGCAGGGGCCAGCGCCACACUGAGCUGUGAGGUGGCCCAGGACAAGACAGAGGUGACAUGGUACAAGGACGGGAAGAAGCUGAGUGCGAGCUCCAAAGUGCACGUGGAGGCCAAGGGCUGUAGCAGGAGGCUGGUGGUGCAACAGGCGGGGAAGGCGGAUGCUGGGGAGUACAGCUGUGAGGCCGGGGGCCAGAAGGUGUCCUUUCACCUGGAUGUCACAGAGCCUGCAGCUGUGUUUGCCAAGGAGCAGCCUGCACGCAGUGAGGUGCAGGCCAAGGCAGGGGCCAGCGCCACACUGAACUGUGAGGUGGCCCAGGCCCAGACGGAGGUGACAUGGUACAAGGAUGGGAAGAAACUGAGUGCGAGCUCCAGAGUGCGCGUGGAGACCAAGGGCUGCAGCAGGCGGCUGGUGGUGCAGCAGGCGGGGAAGGCGGAUUCUGGGGAGUACAGCUGUGAGGCCGGGGGCCAGAAGGUGUCCUUCCUCCUGGAUGUCACAGAGCCCUCGGUCAUGUUUGCCAAGGAGCAGCCAGCACUCAGUGAGGUGCAGGCCAAGGCAGGGGCCAGUGCCACACUGAGCUGCGAGGUGGCCCAGGCCCAGACGGAGGUGACGUGGUACAAGGACGGGAAGAAGCUGAGUGCCAGCUCCAGAAUGCAUGUGGAGGCCAAGGGCUGCAGCAGGAAGCUGGUGAUGCAGCAGGCAGGGAAGGCGGAUGCCGGGGAGUACAGCUGUGAGGCCAGGGGAGAGAAGGUGUCCUUCCACCUGGACGUCACAGAGCCCUUGGCCAUGUUUGCCAAGGAGCAGCUGGCAUGCAGUGAGAUGCAGGCUGAGGCGGGGGCCAGCGUCACGCUGAGCUGCGAGGUGGCUCAGGACAAGACAGAGGUGACGUGGUACAAGGAUGGGAAGAAGCUGAAUGCAAGCUCCAAAGUGUGCAUGGAGGCCACAGGCUGCAGCAGGAGGCUGGUGGUGCAGCAGGCGGGGAAGGCGGACACCGGGGAGUACAGCUGUGAGGCUGGGGGAGAGAAGGUGUCCUUCCGCCUAAACAUUACAGAGCUGGAGCCUGAGACCCCCACGGUGGAGAGACCUGGCCGCAGAGAGCCUCUGGUGGUCAGGGAGCACGAGGACAUUGUCCUGACCGCCAUGCUGGCUACGCCCUCCGUGGCCGCAGUGACAUGGCUCAAGGAUGGCGUGGAGAUCCGCCGCAGCAAGCGGCACGAAACGGCCAGCCUGGGGGACACCCACACCCUGACGAUCCGCGGCGCGCAAACCCUGGACACCGCAGUGUACAGCUGUCGCGUGGGCGCAGAUGGGCAGGACUUCCCAGUGCAGGUGGAAGAGGUGGCCGCUAAGUUCUGCCGGCCCCUGGAGCCUGUGAGCGGGGAGCUAGGUGGCACGGUGACGCUGGCCUGCGAGCUGAGCCCACCGCAGGCCGAGGUGGUGUGGCGCUGCGGGAGCACGCAGCUCCGGGCUGGCAAGCGCUUCCAGAUGGAAGCCGCAGGGCCCCGGCGCUCGCUCACCGUGUCCGGCCUGCGGCUGGAGGAUGCGGGGCAGUAUGCGUGUGAGACCCGGGAUGACUGCACCAGUGCGCAGCUCUCCGUCAGUGCCCCUCGCGUGGUCAAGUUCAUGUCUGGGUUGAGCGCCGUGGUGGCGGAAGAGGGCCAGGAGGCCACCUUCCAGUGCGUGGUGUCCCCCAGCGAUGCAGCAGUCAGGUGGUUCCGGGACGGCGCGUUGCUGCAGCCCAGUGAGAAGUUCCUCAUCUCACAGAGUGGCGCGAGCCACAGCCUGACCAUCUUGGGUCUGACCCUGGACGACCCAGGCCAGAUCACCGCAGAGGCCGAGGGGGUCUCCUCCGCUGCUGCCCUCCGGGUGCGAGAGGCUCCAGUGCUGUUCAGAAAGAAGCUGGAGCCACAGACGGUGGAGGAGCAGAGCUCAGUGGCCAUGGAGGUAGAGCUGACACGGCCAUGGCCCGAGGUCAAGUGGACACGGAACGCAGUGGCCCUGGCGCCAGGCAAGAACGUGGAGAUUCACGCCGAGAGCACCAGGCACCGCUUGGUUCUUCACUGCGUGGGUUUUGCUGACCGCGGCUUUUAUGGCUGUGAGACUCCAGACGACAAGACACAGGCCAAGCUCACCGUGGAAAUGCGCCAGGUCCGGCUUGUGCGGGGCCUGCAGGCGGUGGAGGUGUGGGAGCAGGGCACAGCCACCAUGGAUGUGGAGCUGUCACACGACAACGUGGAGGGCAGCUGGACGCGAGACAGUGUGCGGCUGCAGCCAGGGUCCAUGUGCCAGCUGGCCGUGCAAGGCCCCAUCCACACCCUCAUCCUGUCGGGGCUGCGGCCGCAGGAUAGUGGCCUCAUCGCCUUCAAAGCCGAGGGGGUGCACACGUCUGCACGGCUCACGGUCACUGAGCUGCCUGUGAGGUUCAGCCGCCCUCUGCAGGAUGUGGUGGCCACAGAGAAGGACAGGGUGACCUUGGAGUGUGAGCUGUCUCGCCCCAACGUGGAUGUGCGCUGGCUGAAGGACGGCGUGGAGCUUAGGGUGAGCAAGACAGUGGGCAUGGUGGCCCAGGGCGCCUGUCGGAGUCUCAUCAUUUUCCGCUGUGAGCUUGGUGACCAGGGCGUGUACGUGUGCGACGCUCGUGAUGCUCAAAGCUCAGCCUCCCUGAAGGUGCAAGGUCGUAACAUCCAGAUCGUGAGGCCCCUGGAGGAUGUGGAGGUGAUGGAAAAGGAGGGCGCCACCUUCUCUUGCAAGAUCUCUCACGAUGAGGUGCCAGCCCAGUGGUUCUGGGAGGGCAGUAAGCUUCGGCCCAGUGACAAUGUGCGCAUCCGCCAGGAAGGGAGGACAUACACCCUCAUCUACCGGAGGGUCCUGGCAGAAGAUGCAGGAGAGAUCAGAUUUGUAGCCGAAAAUGCAGAGUCUCGAGCUGAGCUCCGAGUCAAAGAGCUGCCGGUGACCAUCCUGCGCCCACUUCGGGACAAGAUAGCCAUGGAGAGGCACCGCGGUGUGCUGGAGUGCCAGAUGUCCAGGGCCAGCGCCCAGGUGCAGUGGUUCAAGGGCAGCGUGGAGCUGCAGUCAGGACCUAAGUACGAGAUGGUCAGCGACGGCCUCUACCGCAAGCUGAUCAUCAACGACGUGCAGCCGGAGGAUGAGGACACCUACACGUGUGAUGCUGGCAACGUGAAGACCAGUGCCCAGUUCUUUGUGGAAGAGCAAUCCAUCACCAUCGUGCGGGGCCUGCAGGAUGUGACUGUGAUGGAGCCCGCACCUGCCUGGUUCGAAUGCGAGACCUCCAUCCCCUCGGUGCGGCCGCCCAAGUGGCUCCUGGGAAAGACAGUGCUCCAGGCCGGGCCCACCGUGGGCAUGGAGCAGGAGGGCACGGUGCACCGGCUGACGCUGCGACGAACCUGCUCCACCAUGACUGGGCCGGUGCACUUCACCAUCGGCAAGUCGCGCUCCACCGCACGCCUGGUGGUCUCUGACAUCCCCAUGGUGCUCACACGGCCCCUGGAGCCCAAGGCGGGGCGCGAGCUGCAGUCGGUGGUCCUGUCCUGCGACUUCAAGCCGGCCCCCAAGGCCGUGCAGUGGUACAAGGAGGACACGCCCCUGGCGCCCUCCGACAAGUUCAAAAUGAGGCUGGAGGGCCACAUGGCAGAGCUGCGCGUCCUCCGGCUCACGCCCGCGGACGCCGGCGUCUACCGGUGCCAGGCCGGCAGUGCCCAGAGCAGCGCUGAGGUCACGGUGGAAGCGCGCGAGGUUACAGUGAUGCAGCCGAUGCAGGACGCAGAAGCCACGGAGGAGGGCCGCGCCUGCUUCUCGUGUGAGCUGUCCCAUGAGGACGAGGAGGUCGAGUGGUCGCUCAACGGCACACCUCUGUACAACGACAGCUUCCACGAGAUCUCCCACGAAGGCCGUCGCCACACGCUGGUGCUGAAGCGGGUUCGGCGGGCCGACGCCGGCCUUGUGCGCGCCUGCUCCCCCAAGGUGUCGGUCACUGCCCGCCUGGAGGUCAAAGCAAAGCCGGUGGUGUUCCUGAAAGCGCUGGACGAUGUGUCCGCGGAGGAGCGGGGCACGCUGGCCCUGCAGUGCGAGAUCUCAGACCCCCAGGCCCGCGUGGUGUGGCGCAAGGACGGGGUGGAGCUGGUCCCUAGUGACAAGUACGACUUCCUGCACACGGCGGGCACGCGCGGGCUCGUGGUGCACGACCUGAGCUGGGAAGACACCGGCCUCUACACUUGUAGUGUGGGCUCCGAGGAGACCAGCUCCAGAGUCAGCGUGCACGACCUGCACGUGGGCAUCACCAAGAGGCUGAAGUCGGUGGAGGUGCCGGAGGGCCAGAGCUGCACCUUCGAGUGUGUCCUGUCCCAUGAGAACCCCAGCGAUGUGGCCAUAUGGACAGUUGGCGGGAAGACAGUGGGUGGCUCUGGCCGCUUCCGGGCCACACGCCAGGGCCGCAAAUACACCCUGGUUGUUCAAGAUGUGGCUCCUGGAGAUGCUGGGGAGGUGGUGUUCUCCGUGCGGGACCUCACCUCCAAGGCCUCCCUCAUCAUCAGAGAGAGGCCGGCAGGUAUCACGAAGCCUCUAGAAGACCAGCAGGCUGCUCCGGGUGAGGAUGUGGUGAUGAGCUGUGAGCUGUCUCGGGCCGGGACCCCGGUGCGCUGGCUAAAGGACGGGAAGGCCAUUCGCAAGAGUCAGAAGUAUGACCUGGUCACGGAAGGCACUUGGGCCACUCUGGUGGUCCGUGCGGUGUCGCUCAAGGAUUCAGGAGAAUACACGUGUGAGACAGAAGCUUCCAAGAGCACAGCGAGUCUCCGUGUGGAAGAAAAGGCCAACUGGUUCACAGACGAGCUGACCGACCUGCAUGUGGAAGAGAAGGGCACAGCCGUGUUCACGUGCAAGACAGAGCGUCCCGCAGCUGUGGUGAUCUGGCGCAAGGGCCUCAUGGAGCUGCAUGCCUCUGGGAAGCAUGCACCCAGCCAGGAGGGCCUGACCCUGAGGCUCACCAUCAGCGCCUUGGAGAAGGCGGACAGCGACACCUACACCUGUGACAUCGGCCAGGCCUGUUCCCAGGCCCGGCUCCUGGUGCAAGGCCGGAAAGUGCUCAUCACAGAGGAUCUGGAGGACAUGGAAGUGCGUGAGGGCUCUUCGGCCACCUUCUCUUGUCGCAUCUCCCCUGCCGACUAUGAGCCUGUCCACUGGUUCCUGGACAAGACGCCCCUGCACCCGAAUGAGCUCAAUGAAAUUGAGGUUCAGCCAGGUGGCUACCACGUGCUGACCCUGCGGCAGCUGGCGCUCAAGGACUCAGGCACCAUCCACUUUGAGGCAGGGGACCAGCGGACCUCAGCUGCCCUUCGGGUCACAGAAAAGCCAAGUGUCUUCUCCCGGGAGCUCACGGAUGCCACGGUCACAGAGGGGGAGGAUCUGACCUUGGUCUGUGAGACUACCGCCCCGGACAGCCCCGUGUGCUGGACCAAGGAUGGAAAGACCCUGCGGCCAUCAGCCCGGUGCCAGCUGAGCCAGGAGGGCCACCGGGCCCUGCUGGUCAUCAAGGGUACCACUGUGCAGGACGGUGGGCGCUACAAGUGUGAGGCCGGGGGCUCCUGGAGCAGCUCCAUUGUCAGGGUCCACGCACGGCCGGUGCGGUUCCGUGAGAGGCUGAAGGACCUGGAGGUGCCGGAGGGUGGAGCUGCCACACUGCGCUGUGUGCUGUCAUCCAUGGCCGCGCCUGUGGAGUGGCGCCGUGGAGAUGAGGUUCUGCGGCCCGGAGGCAAGUACAGCCUGCGUCAGGAGGGCACAGUGCUGGAGCUGGUGGUCCGGGACCUGCGGCCCCAGGACACCGGGCAGUACUCCUGCCACUUCGGGGACCAGAUGACUUUGGCCAUGCUCACAGUGAAGGCCCUGCCUGCUGAGUUCAUAGGGAGACUGAGAAGCAAGGAGGCCUCAGAAGGGGCCACAGCCACGCUGCGCUGUGAGCUGAGCAAGGAGGCUCCCGUGGAGUGGAGGAAGGGGUCUGAGACCCUCAGAGCCGGGGACAGAGUCAGCCUGAGGCAGGACGGGACCAUGUGUGAGCUGGAGAUCCGUGGCCUGGCCGUGGCAGAUGCUGGGGAGUACUCGUGUGUGUGUGGGCAGGAGAGGACUUCAGCCAUGAUGACCGUCAGGGCCCUGCCUGCUGAGUUCAUAGGGAGACUGAGAAGCAAGGAUGCCACGGAAGGGGCCACAGCCACUCUGCACUGUGAGCUGAGCAAGGAGGCCCCUGUGGAGUGGAGGAAAGGGUCUGAGACCCUCAGAGCUGGGGGCAGAGUCAGCCUGAGACAGGAUGGGACCAUGUGUGAGCUGGAGAUCUGUGACCUGGCUGUGGUGGACACUGGGGAAUACUCAUGUGUGUGCGGGCAGGAGAGGACGUCGGCCACACUGACUGUCAGGGCCCUGCCCGCCAAGUUCACAAAGAGCCUGAGGAAGGAAGAGGCCACAGAAGGGGCCACAGCAAAGCUGCACUGUGAGUUAAGCAAGGUGGCCCCCGUGGAGUGGAGGAAGGGGUCUGAGACCCUCAGAGCUGGGGACAGAGUCAGCCUGAGGCAGGACAGGACUGUGUGUGAACUGGAGAUCCAUGGCCUGGCUGUGGCAGAUGCCGGGGAGUACUCGUGUGUGUGCGGGCAGGAGAAGACUUCGACCACGCUGACUGUCAGAGCCCUGCCCGCCAAGUUCACAAAGAGCCUGAGGAAGGAAGAGGCCACAGAAGGGGCCACGGCCACUCUGCACUGUGAGCUGAGCAAGGAGGCCCCCGUGGAGUGGAGGAAGGGGUCUGACACUGUCAGAGCCGGGGACAGAGUCAGCUUGAGGCAGGAGAGGACCGUGUGUGAGCUGGAGAUCUGUGGCCUGACCAUGGAGGAUGCUGGGGAGUACUCGUGUGUGUGUGGGCAGGAGAGGACAUCGGCCACACUGACCGUCAGAGCCCUGCCUGCCAAGUUCACAAAGAGCUUGAGGAAGGAAGAGGCCACAGAAGGGGCCACGGCCACUCUGCACUGUGAGCUGAGCAAGGAGGCCCCUGUGGAGUGGAGGAAGGGGCCCAAGACCCUCAGAGCUGGGGACAGAGUCAGCUUGAGGCAGGACGGGACCAUGUGUGAGCUGGAGAUCCGUGGCCUGACCAUGGAGGAUGCUGGGGAGUACUCGUGUGUGUGUGAGCAGGAGAGGACAUCAGCCACACUGACCGUCAGAGCACUGCCUGCUCAGUUCAUCCAAAAUCUGAAGACCCAGGAAGCCAUGGAAGGGGACACAGCCACACUGAACUGUGAGCUGAGCAAGGCAGCCCCUGUGCAGUGGAGGAAGGGGUCCAAGACCCUCAGAGCUGGAGACAGAGUGAGCCUGAGGCAGGAUGGGACCAUGUGUGAGCUGAAGAUCUGUGGCCUGGCCGUGGCAGAUGCUGGAGAGUACUCAUGCAUGUGUGGGCAGGAGAGGACGUCGGCUAUGCUGACCAUCAGGGCUGUGCCUGCCAAGUUCACAAAGAGCCUGAGAAAGGAAGAGGUCACAGAAGGGGCCACAGCAAAGCUACACUGUGAGUUAAGCAAGGCAUCCCCUGUGGAGUGGAGGAAGGGGUCCGCGACCCUCAGAGUUGGAGACAGAGUCAGCCUGAGGCAGGACGGAAACAUGUGUGAGCUGGAGAUCUGUGGUGUGGCCAUGGAGGAUGCCGGGGAGUACUCGUGUGUGUGCGGGCAGGAGAGGACAUCGGCCAUGCUGACUGUCAAGGCCCUGCCUGCCGAGUUCACAAAGAGCCUGAGGAAGGAAGAGGCCAUGGAAGGGGCCACGGCCACGCUGCGCUGUGAGCUGAGCAAGGUGGUCCCCGUGGAGUGGAAGAAGGGGUCUGAGACCCUCAAAGCCGGGGACAGAGUGAGCCUGAGACAGGAUGGGACGGUGUGUGAGCUGGAGAUCCGUGACCUGGCCGUGGCAGAUGCCGGGGAGUACUCGUGUGUGUGCGGGCAGGAGAGAACGUCAGCCACGGUGACCGUCAGGGCUGUGCCUGCCAAGUUCACAAAGAGCCUGAGGAAUGAAGAGGCCACAGAAGGGGCCACAGCCAUGCUGCGCUGUGAGCUGAGCAAGGCGGUCCCUGUGGAGUGGACAAAGGGCUCUGAGACCCUCAGAGCUGGGGCCAGAGUCAGCCUGAGGCAGGAUGGGACGGCAUGUGAGCUGGAGAUCCGUGGCCUGGCUGUGGAAGAUGCUGGGGAGUACUCAUGUGUGUGCGGGCAGGAAAGGACAUCAGCCACUUUGACCAUCCAGGCUGUGCCCGCCAAGUUCACAAAGAGCCUGAGGAAGGAAGAGGCCACAGAAGGGGCCACAGCCAAGCUGUGCUGCAAGCUGAGCAAGGUGGCCCCUGUGGAGUGGAGAAAGGGGUCCAAGACCCUCAGAGCUGGGGACAGAGUCAGCCUGAGGCAGGACGGAAACAUGUGUGAGCUGGAGAUUUGUGGUGUGGCCAUGGAGGAUGCCGGGGAGUACUCGUGUGUGUGCGGGCAGGAGAGGACAUCGGCCAUGCUGACUGUCAAGGCCCUGCCCGCCAAGUUCACAAAGAGCCUGAGGAAGGAAGAGGCCAUGGAAGGGGCCACGGCCACGCUGCGCUGUGAGCUGAGCAAGGCAGUCCCCGUGGAGUGGAAGAAGGGGUCUGAGACCCUCAGAGCCGGGGACAGAGUGAGCCUGAGACAGGAUGGGAUGGUGUGUGAGCUGGAGAUCUGUGACCUGGCCGUGGCAGAUGCCGGGGAGUACUCGUGUGUGUGCGGGCAGGAGAGAACGUCAGCCACGGUGACCGUCAGGGCUGUGCCCGCCAAGUUCACAAAGAGCCUGAGAAAGGAAGAGGCCAUGGAAGGGGCCACGGCAAAGCUACACUGUGAGUUAAGCAAGGCAUCCCCUGUAGAGUGGAAGAAGGGGUCCGCGACCCUCAGAGUUGGAGACAGAGUCAGCCUGAGGCAGGACGGAAACAUGUGUGAGCUGGAGAUCCGUGGUGUGGCCAUGGAGGAUGCUGGGGAGUACUCGUGUGUGUGCGGGCAGGAGAGGACAUCGGCCAUGCUGACUGUCAAGGCCCUUCCCGCCAAGUUCACAAAGAGCCUGAGGAAGGAAGAGGCCAUGGAAGGGGCCACAGCCACGCUGCGCUGUGAGCUGAGCAAGGCGGUCCCUGUGGAGUGGAAGAAGGGGUCUGAGACCCUCAGAGCCGGGGACAGAGUGAGCCUGAGACAGGAUGGGAUGGUGUGUGAGCUGGAGAUCUGUGACCUGGCCGUGGCAGAUGCCGGGGAGUACUCGUGUGUGUGCGGGCAGGAGAGAACAUCAGCCACGGUGACCGUCAGGGCUGUGCCUGCCAAGUUCACAAAGAGCCUGAGAAAGGAAGAGGCCAUGGAAGGGGCCACGGCAAAGCUACACUGUGAGUUAAGCAAGGCAUCCCCUGUGGAGUGGAAGAAGGGGUCCGUGACCCUCAGAGUUGGAGACAGAGUCAGCCUGAGGCAGGACGGAAACAUGUGUGAGCUGGAGAUUUGUGGUGUGGCCAUGGAGGAUGCCGGGGAGUACUCGUGUGUGUGCGGGCAGGAGAGGACAUCGGCCAUGCUGACUGUCAAGGCCCUGCCCGCCAAGUUCACAAAGAGCCUGAGGAAGGAAGAGGCCAUGGAAGGGGCCACGGCCACGCUGCGCUGUGAGCUGAGCAAGGCGGUCCCUGUGGAGUGGAAGAAGGGGUCUGAGACCCUCAGAGCCGGGGACAGAGUGAGCCUGAGACAGGAUGGGACAGUGUGUGAGCUGGAGAUCCGUGACCUGGCCGUGGCAGAUACCGGGGAAUACUCGUGUGUGUGCGGGCAGGAGAGAACGUCAGCCACGGUGACCGUCAGGGCCCCACAAGUGGUGUUCAGAGAGCCACUCAGGAGUGUGCAGGCUGAGGAGGGUGCCUCGGCCACACUGCGGUGUGAGCUUUCCCAGCCCAAUGCUGCUGUGGUCUGGAGCAAAGGUGGCCUGGAGCUGCAGGCUGAUGGGCGCUGGGAGCCUCGGCAGCGGGGCUACACUGCGGAGCUCGUGCUGUGGGACCUGCGCAGAGAGGACGCGGGCGAGUACACUUGUGCCUGUGGACCCCAGGCCACCAGUGCUACCCUCACCAUUACAGCUGCACCGGUGCGCUUUCUCCGGGAGCUGCAGGCCCAGGAGGUGGAUGAAGGUGUCACUGCCCACCUGCGCUGUGAGCUGAGCCAAGAGGGUGCUAGUGUGGAGUGGCGCAAGGACUCCCUGCAGCUCUUCCCUUGUGCCAAGUACCAGAUGGUGCAGGAGGGAAGGGCUGCCGAGCUGUGGGUGCACCACACUGAGCAGGAGGAUGCUGGCCACUAUACCUGUGACACGGGCCAUGCGCAGAGCACAGCCAGCCUCUCUGUCCGAGCCCCUAGGCCCACAUUCCAGAUGGAGCUGCAGAGCAUGGAGCAGGAGGCCGGCAGUGUGGCCCAGCUACGCUGCCAGCUGAGUGAGGCAGAGCCUAGAGUCCCAGUGCAGUGGCUCAAGGAGGGUGUGGAGCUGCAUGUGAGUCCCAAGUAUGAGAUACGGCGUGUGGGGACCAUGUGCGAGCUGCUGAUCCAUGGGCUGGAGGCCAAGGACACGGGCGAGUACGUCUGCAUGGCCGGUGGUCAGAAAACCAUGGCUUCUGUCAUGGUCAAAGAGCCCGAGGUGACCAUUGUGCGGGGGCUGGAGGAUGCCGAGGUGCAGGUCGACGGGGAGGUGGAGUUCAGUUGUGAGGUGUCACGGGCUGGGGCCAUGGCUGUGGAGUGGCACCUCCAGGGCCUGCCACUACAGAACAACGAGGUGACAGAGCUGGCCGUGCGGGGUGGCCGCACCCACACGCUGCGGCUGAAGGGCGUGACCCCUGAGGAUGCAGGCACCGUCUCCUUCCACGUGGGCGCCCACACAUCCUCUGCCCAGCUCACUGUUCGAGUCCCUGAUGUGAGCAUCCUGGAGCCCCUGCAGGAUGUACAGCUCAGUGAGGGCCAGGACGCCCACUUCCGGUGCCAGCUAUCCAGGGCCUGCGGCCAGGAGGCCCGCUGGGCCCUGGGAGGGGUGCCUCUGCAGGCCAAUGAGAUGAAUGACAUCACCGUGGAGCAUGGCACACUGCAUCUGCUCACCCUGCACAAGGUGACCCUGGAAGAUGCGGGAACCAUCAGCUUCCAAGUGGGCUCAUGUAGCUCAGAAGCCCAGCUGAAGGUCACAGCCAAGAACACAGUGGUGCGCGGCCUGGAGAACGUGGACGCACUCGAAGGCGGCGAGGCGCUGUUCGAGUGCCAGCUGUCCCGCCCCGAGGUGGCCGCCCACACCUGGUUGUUGGACGAUGAGCCUGUGCGAACCUCCGAGAACGCGGAGGUGGUCUACUUCGAGAACGGCCUGCGGCACCUGCUGCUGCUCAAGAACCUGCGGCCGCAGGACAGCUGCCGGGUGACCUUCCUGGCAGGGGACGUGGUGACGUCCGCGUUCCUCACAGUCAGAGGCUGGCGCCUGGAGGUACUGGAGUCCCCGCAGGACGCGGCCGUGGGAGCCGGUGGGCAGGUCCGCUUCAGCUGCACGCUCAGUGAGGCGGUGCCGGUGGGCGAGGCGACGUGGUACAUCAAUGGAGCCGCCGUGCAGCCGGACGACCGCAACUGGACGGUCACCGCCGACGGCAGCCACCACACCCUGCAGCUGCGCAGUGCCCAGCCACAGCACGCUGGCGAGGUCACCUUCGCCGCCCGCGACGCUGUGGCCUCCGCGCGGCUCACCGUGCUAGGCCUCCCAGACCCUCCAGAGGACGCAGAGGUGGUGGCGCGCAGCGGCCGUUCGGUAACGCUGUCCUGGGUGGCGCCUGCAAGCGACGGUGGCGGCGGUCUCUGCGGCUAUAGGGUGGAGAUGAAGGCGGCGGCCACAGGCGAGUGGCGGCUGUGCCAUGAGCUGGUGCCUGGGCCUGAGUGCGUGGUGGACGGCCUGGCCCCCGGGGAGACCUACCGCUUCCGUGUGGCAGCAGUGGGCCCAGCGGGGGCUGGGGAGCCCGUGCACCUGCCGCAGACAGUGAAGCUCGAGCCCCUGGAGCCAGUGCCUGCGGCCAGCGCCCCCGUGCCUGCGGUCCCCGCCCCCGUGUCUUCAGUCCCCGUGCCUGUGGCCCCGGUUCCUGCGCACCCAGCUCCCACACCUCCCGCUCCCGAGAGCCGGCAGGUGGCUGCCGGCGAGGACGUGUGUCUGGAGUGUGAGGUGGCGGAGGCGGGCGAGGUGGUGUGGCUGAAGGGGGCGGAGGUCAUCCAACCCAGCGGGCGCUUCCAGGUUCUCUGCCAGGGUGAGCGGCGGACGCUGGUGAUCCGGGGCUUCUCAGCGGAGGACCAGGGGGAGUACCGCUGUGGCCUCACCCGAGACCCGGCCUCCUCUGCAGCUGCCUCCUUCCAGGUGGUGCUGACCACGGGAUCUGAGGAUGAGGCCCCUGCACAGCCCAGCCUGCCCCCCGAGGCAGCCCAGGAGGGUGACCUGCACCUGCUGUGGGAGGCCCUGGCCCGGAAGCGUCGCAUGAGCCGUGAACCCACGCUGGACUCCAUCAGUGAGCUGCCCGAGGAGGAUGGUCGUUCACCACGCCCGCGGCAGGAGGUAGAAGAAGCGGCCCCAGACCUCUCUGAGGACUACUCCACAGCAGACGAGCUGGCACGCACUGGCGAGGCCGACCUCUCGCACACCAGCUCUGACGACGAGUCCCGGGCAGGCACUCCCUCCCUGGUUACCUACCUCAAGAAGGCUGGGAAGCCCAGCACCUCACCACUGGCCGGCAAGCUUGGGAUCCCUGCAGUUGGGAAGCCACCGAAGCAUCAGGAACAGCCACCUGCAGUUCACCCACCCCCGGGAAGCCUGAGGGCUGAAGACCUGGGUGACCCGUCCAUGGACAAGGCAGCGGUGAAGAUCCAGGCUGCCUUCAAAGGCUACAAGGUCCGCAAAGAGAUGAAGCAGCAAGAAGGACCCGUGUUCUCCCGCACAUUUGGGGACACUGAGGCACAGGUGGGGGAUGUCCUGCGUCUGGAGUGUGUGGUGUCCAGCAAGGCGGAUGUGUGUGCUCGCUGGCUGAAGGACGGCGUGGAGCUGACUGACGGCCGGCACCACCACAUCGACCAGCUUGGGGACGGCACUUGCUGUCUGCUGGUGACGGGCCUGGGCCGUGCAGACGCUGGCCGCUACACCUGCCAGGUGAGCAGCAAGUUCGGCCACGUGGCCCACAGCGCCUGUGUGGUAGUCAGCGGGACGGAGAGCGAGGCGGAGAGCUCCUCGGGGGGCGAGCUGGAUGACGCCUUCCGCCGAGCAGCCCGGCGGCUGCACCGCCUGUUCCGCACCAAGGGCCCGGCCGAAGUAUCGGACGAAGAGCUCUUCCUGAGCGCAGACGAAGGCCCGGCGGAGCCGGAGGAGCCGGGGGACUGGCGGACGUACCGCGAAGAAGAGCACUUUGUCUACAUUCGCUUCGAGGCGCUUGCCGAGGCCCACCGUGCGGCCACCUGCUUCCGGGAGAUGUUUGGCACCAUGGGCAUCGGCGUGGACAUCAGCCUGUCAGAGCAGGGGCCCCGGGGGGUGGAGAUGCGCAUCAGCAAGGUGGCUCCUGCCCCCACAGCAGCUCAGGAGGUGGUGCCCCGGCCGCUGACCACAGACGCCGCCCCAGUGUUCCUGACUGAGCUGCAGAAUCAGGAGGUGCAGGACGGGUACCCCGUGAGCUUCGACUGUGUGGUGACAGGCCAGCCGGUGCCCGCCGUGUGCUGGUUCAAGGACGGCAGGAUGCUGGAGGAGGAUGACCACUACAUGAUCAGUGAGGACCAACAGGGCGGCCACCAGCUCAUCAUCACUGCAGUGGUGCCUGCAGACAUGGGUGUCUACCGCUGCAUGGCUGAGAACAGCAUGGGUGUGUCGUCCACCAAGGCAGAGCUCCGUGUGGACCUGACCAGCACGGACUAUGAAACUGCGGCCGAUGCCACGGAGACCUCCUCCUACUUCAGCGCCCAAGGCUACCUGUCCAGCCGGGAGCAAGAGGGCACGGAGUCUACCUCAGAGGAGGGGCAGCUGCCCCAGGUGGUGGAGGAGAUGAAGGACCUCCAGGUGGCCCCUGGCACACGCCUGGCCAAGUUCCAGCUCAAAGUGAAAGGCUACCCAGCGCCACGGCUGUACUGGUUCAAAGACGGGCAGCCCCUGACGGCUUCUGCACACAUCCGCAUGGCUGACAGGAAGACGCUUCACACCCUGGAGGUUGUAUCUGUCACCAAGGAGGAUGCUGGCCAGUACUCAGCCUACAUUAGCAACGCUGUGGGCGCUGCCUACUCAUCAGCCCGGCUGCUGGUCCGAGGCCCCAAAGAUCCCGAAGAGAAGCCAGAAUCAGAUGUGUACCAGCAGCUGGUGCCGCCUCGAUUCCUGGAAAGAUUCACCUCCAAGAAAGUGAAGAAAGGCUCCAGCAUCACCUUUUCAGUGAAGGUGGAAGGGUGCCCGGCCCCAGCCGUGCACUGGCUGCGGGAGGAGGCUGAGCGAGGCGUGCUGUGGAUUGGCCGUGACACGCCAGGCUACACGGUGGCCAGCUCUGCACAGCAGCACAGUCUGGUCCUGCUGGAUGUGGGCAGACAGCACCAGGGCACAUACACCUGCAUCGCCAGCAACAGCGCUGGCCAGGCCCUCUGCUCCGCUAGCCUGCACAUCUCUGGCCUGCCCAAGGAGGCAGGGGCAGCAGAGGAGCAUGCUGGGGUGAAGGAGGCCCUCAUCUCCACCUUCCUGCAGGGGACCCAAGCCGUCUCCACGCAGAUGUCAGAACCUGCAGGUUUCACUGAUCUUGCUGGGCAGAGGAAAGGAGAGCCCAUGGCGGUGGAGGCCCAUAGCCACUUGUCCCUGGCUGAGGUGGGCACAGAGGAGUUCCUGCAGAAGCUCACCUCCCAGAUCACAGAGAUAGUGUCGGCCAAGAUCACGCAGGCCAAGCUGCAGGUGCCUGGAGGUGACAGCGAUGAGGAAUCUAAGACACCGUCUGCAUCCCCCUGGCAUGGCCGUUCCCGCCCCUCCUCCAGCGUCCAGGAGUCAUCCUCGGAGUCGGAGGAUGGGGACUCUCGUGGCGAGAUCUUCGACAUCUAUGUGGUCACGGCUGACUACCUGCCCCUGGGGGCCGAGCAGGAUGCCAUCUCACUGCGGGAGGGCCAGUAUGUGGAAGUGCUGGACUCCGCCCACCCGCUGCGCUGGCUUGUGCGCACCAAGCCCACCAAGUCCAGCCCCUCACGCCAGGGCUGGGUGUCCCCUGCCUACCUGGACAGGCGGCUCAAGCUGUCACCCGAGUGGGGGCCCACUGAGGCCCCCGAGUUCCCGGGGGAGGCCGUGUCUGAGGAUGAAUACAAGACAAGGCUAAGCUCCAUCAUCCAGGAGCUGCUGAGCUCUGAGCAGGCCUUUGUGGGCAAGCUGCAGUUCCUGCAAAGCCACCACAUGCAGCACCUGGACCGCUGCCCCCAUGUACCUGCGGCUGUAGCCUCCCAGAAGGCUGUCAUCUUUCGAAACGUGCAGGACAUCAGCCAUUUCCACAGCAGCUUCCAGAGGGAGCUGCAGCAGUGUGACACGGAUGACGAUGUGGCCAUGUGCUUCAUCAAGAACCAGGCGGCCUUUGAGAAGUACCUGGAGUUUCUGGUAGGCCGCGUACAAGCCGAGUCUGCGGUGGUCAGCACAGCAGUGCAGGAGUUCUACAAGAAAUACACAGAAGACGUGCUGUCAGCCUUAGACCCCUCACAGCCACCACCGCCACCCCUGCAGCACUUCCUGGAACAGCCUGUGGAGCGGGUCCAGCAGUACCAGGCCCUGCUCAAGGAGCUGAUCCGCAACAAGGCGAGGAACAGGCAGAACUGUGCGCUGUUGGAGCAGGCGUAUGCCGUGGUGUCGGCCCUGCCGCAGCGCGCUGAGAACCAACUGCACGUGUCGCUCAUGGAGAACUACCCAGGCACCCUGCAGGCCCUGGGCGAGCCCAUCCGCCAGGGCCACUUCAUCGUGUGGGAGGGGGCGCCGGGCGCACGGAUGCCCUGGAAGGGCCACCAUCGGCAUGUCUUCCUGUUCCGCCACCACCUGGUGGUCUGCAAGCCCAGACGGGAUUCCCGCACCGACACCUUCAGCUAUGUCUUCCGGAAUAUGAUGAAGCUGAGCAGCAUCGACCUGAAUGACCAGGUGGAGGGUGACGACCGCGCCUUUGAGGUUUGGCACGAGCGAGAGGACUCUGUGCGCAAGUAUCUGCUGCAGGCGCGGACGGUCAUCACCAAGAAUUCCUGGGUGAAGGAGAUCUGCGGCAUCCAGCAGCGCCUGGCCCUGCCCGUGUGGCAACCCCCAGAUUUCGAAGAGGAGCUGGCAGACUGCACAGCUGAGCUGGGUGAGACUGUCAAGCUGGCCUGCCGUGUGAUAGGCACACCCAAGCCCAUCGUCAGCUGGUACAAAGACGGGAAGCCAGUGGAAGUGGACCCUCACCACAUCCUCAUCGAGGACCCCGAUGGCUCAUGUGCUCUCAUUCUGGACAACCUGACUGGCAUGGACUCCGGCCAGUACAUGUGCUUCGCGGCCAGUGCUGCUGGCAAUGCCAGCACCCUAGGCAAGAUACUGGUGCAAGUACCCCCACGGUUUGUGAAAAAGGUCCGGGCAGUGCCCUUUGUGGAGGGAGAGGACGUUCAGGUCACCUGUACCAUCGAAGGUGCCCCACACCCCCAGAUCAGGUGGUACAAGGACGGGGCCCUGCUGACACCCAGCGGCAAAUACCGAACCCUGAACGAGCCCCGCAGUGGCCUGCUGGUGUUGGAGAUCUUGGCGGCCAACAAGGAGGACCUGGGCCACUAUGAGUGCGAGUUGGUGAACCGGCUGGGCUCUGUGAGGGGUGGGGCAGAGCUGUGCAUGCAGAGCCCAGCUGUGCGAGCCCGGGAACAACGUCGCAGAGAGCAGCUUGCAGCUGCCAUGGAGCAAGUUGCCCUGGAGCCAGCAGACAAGGAGAUCACGUCUGUUCCAAGGACGCUGGUGUGCCCCGAGGCUCCAGGACCCUCCACAGGGGACCACGCUGGCCCCAUCCCUGGCCCUGGGGGGCCACCCAAACUCCAGGAGGCUGGCCCCAAACUCCUAGGCAUGGAGGUUGCAGAUGCAUCUGGUGAGGCCCAGUGGCCUCAGGCUGACCACAAAGUGCCACCUGCUCUCAGGGUCCCCCCUGUGCUGGCUUCAACCUUGGCCACCCCAGCUGAGCCUCAGAAGGUGCCAGAGCCUCUUCCCCAGGAGGGCCAGGAGCAGGACUUGGGGGCCCAUGCUGAGGCCCAGGGACGCACUGUGCCCAUCCGGAUGGAGGGUACAGCCUGGCCCGGAGCAGGAGCAGUGGACCUAUGGGACAUCCACAGCCAGGUGUUCAUGGAGACCACGCAUCGGACAUACGUGUACCAGGCCAGCGACACGGGUGCCACAAGGCCCCCAUCCAUGCAGGUCACCAUCGAAGACGUGCAGGCACAGAGGGGCAGCACCGCGCAGUUCCAAGCGGUCAUCGAGGGCAACCCGCAGCCCACAGUGACCUGGUACCGGGAUGAUGCCCAGGUGGUGGACGGCGCCCGGCUCAGCCAGCAUCGGGAAGGGACUACCUACUCCCUGGUGCUAAGGGACGUGACCCAGCAGGAUGCAGGCGUCUACACCUGCCUGGCCCAAAACGCUGGUGGCCAGGUGCUGUGUAAAGCGGAGCUGGUGGUCCACGGGGGAGACAGCGAGCCUGACACUGAGAAGCAAAGCUAUCGAAGGAAGCUGCACUCCUUCUAUGAGGUCAAGGAGGAAAUUGGAAGGGGCGUGUUCGGCUUCGUGAAGAGGGUGCAGCACAAGGGAAACCAGAUGUUCUGCGCGGCCAAGUUCAUCCCCCUGCGGAGCAGGAUGCGCACCCAGGCGUACCGGGAGAGGGACAUCCUGGCCACGCUCAGCCACCCGCUGGUCACUGGGCUGCUUGACCAGUUUGAGACCCGGAAGACCCUGAUCCUUGUCCUGGAGCUGUGCUCUUCAGAGGAGCUGCUGGACCGGCUGUUCAAGAAGAGUGUGGUGACCGAGGCUGAGGUCAAGGUGUACAUCCAGCAGCUGGCAGAAGGGCUGCAUUAUCUGCACGGCCAGAGCAUUCUCCAUUUGGACAUAAAGCCCCCAAAUAUCCUGAUGGUGCAUCCCGCUCGGGAGGACAUUAAAAUCUGCGACUUCGGCUUUGCCCAAAAAAUCACCCCAGUAGAGCCACAAUACAGCAAAUAUGGCUCCCCAGAGUUUGUAUCCCCUGAGAUCAUUGAGCAGACUCCUGUGAGCGAGGCCUCGGACAUCUGGGCCAUGGGGGUCAUCUCCUAUCUCAGCCUGACCUGCUCGUCACCGUUUGCCGGUGAGAGUGACCGAGCCACCCUCCUGAAUGUCCUGGAGGGGCGAGUGUCUUGGAGCAGCCCCAUGGCUGCCCACCUCAGCGAGGAUGCCCAGGAAUUUAUCAAGGCUGCCCUGCAGAGGGCCCCAGAGGCCCGACCCAGCGCAGCCAAGUGCCUGGCCCACCCUUGGUUCCAGAAGUCCGUGCCCGCGGAGGAGGCCCACUUCAUCAACACCAAGCAACUCAAGUUCCUGCUAGCCCGCAGCCGCUGGCAGCGCUCCCUGAUGAGCUACAAGUCCAUCCUGGUGAUGCGCUCCAUUCCCGAGCUGCUCCAGGGCCCGCCCGACAGCCCGUCCCUCGGGGUGGCCCGGCACCUGCACGAAGGCGCCAGCGCCGCCUCCAGCAGCUCGUCCUCGUCCUCCGACAACGAGCUGGCACCCUUCGCCCGGGCCAAAUCGCUGCCGCCCUCUCCGGUGACCCACUCCCCGCUGCUGCACCCGCGGGGCUUCUUGCGACCGUCUGCUAGCCUGCCGGAGGAGGCCGAGGCUUGCGCGUCUGCCACCGCCACGCCUCGGCCAGCAUCGCCCCCAGGUGCAGAGGUGCCUGCUGCCCCGGGCUGUGUUCCCCGGCAGAGCGUCAUCCGCAGCCUCUUCUACCAGCAGGCAGGCGAGGCCCCAGAACGCGGAGGCCCCGCCAUGGGCGGCAGGCGGCACCCCGCCCGGCGGAGGCACCUGCUCAAGGGCGGCUACUUCGCAAAGGCCCUGCCCGGCCUGCGAGAGCCGCUGCUGGAGCAUCGCGCGCUGGAGGAGGAGGCCGCCCGGGAGGAGCAGGCCGCUCUGAUGGCCAAAGUGCCCUCCUUCGAGACCGCCCUGCGGCUGCCUGGCUCCAGCGCCCGAGUGGCACCCAGCCGCAGCCGAUCCCUGGAGCUCGACCAGCCACACUCCACCAGCUCCUCCACUGAGGCCUGUGGCAGGGGGCAGUGCCCUGCCCCAGGCCUCUCAGGCCUCCAGAUAGCCUCAGAGGAGAGCCUGCCAGGAGGGGUCACAUGUGCCCAGGAGAGGCAGUGUCCAGAGGGAUCCCAGCAGGGGCCAAGACUAUUGCCAUCCAUCGGGGGCCUCCCAGAGGCUGCUCAGCAAGAGGGGUCAUCCCAGGACAGCUGUGGGUGGCAGCCCGCCCCUUCCUUCCAGCCCCAGUGGGGUCCCGCUCCCCUGCAAGGCUGUGGCCCCCCUAAGGCUGUUACACCACAACUUUCUGGCUCCUUCCCUUCAGAGCAGUGCACGGGGACCCUCUGGGCAUCCUCCAGCCCCUUCCUCUCAGGGGAGACCCAGGGUCCCCUCUCCCCAGCCCAAGAAAGCUGCCAGCCAGGCUCUAUGGAGAGUCCAAAGGACACUUGUCUCCCUGGGAGGCUGAGUCCCCCUAGCUCCUCAGGGCUGGCUUCCCAGGUGGGCACGGGGCCUGGUCCCUCCCAGGAUGCCACCCUGGAGCUGGAGGAUGCAUCAGAACCGGAGCCCAGCCCACAGCGGCCUCAGGAACAGGCCACCAUGCGGAAGUUCUCCCUGGGGCAACGUGGGGGCUACGCAGGAGUGGCGGGUUAUGGCACCUUUGCCUUUGGUGGGGAUGCAGGGGGCAUGCUGGGGCAGGGUCCCCUGUGGGCCAGGAUGGCCUGGGCCACCUCUCAGUCCUCAGAGGAGCAUGAUGACACUGGGGCUCAGAGCCCACCCCCCCAGGCCAGCGCAGCGCCCCUUCCCGAGGGCAGCAGAGCACCCCCAAGGGCCUCCCCAGAGCUGAGCUCGUGGGAAGACUUCGGCAGGGGCUCCCAGGUGUCCCUGGUGCAGAUCCGAGACCUGUCUGGGGACUCAGAAGCAGCAGACACCGUGUCCCUGGACAUCUCAGAGGUGGAGCCUGCCUACCUCAACCUGUCCGACCUGUAUGACAUCAAGUACCUCCCUUUCGAGUUCAUGAUCUUCAGGAAGGUCCCCAAGCCUGUGGAACCAGAAUCACCUUCCUCCCCAGAAUCCGAGGCAGAGGAGGAACUGGCUGAGUUCCCAGAGGCCGCGUGGCCCUGGCCAGGCGCACUGGGUCCAACAGCCAGCCUGCAGAUCACAGAGGAGCCAGAGGACAUGGAGACCCUGCUCGGGGAGGCCACUGGCAGUAGGAAGCGGAAAUGGUCACCCCCCUCCGGUGGCCUCUUCCACCUCCCCAGGAGACACACGCUGGAGGAGCCCCUGGAGCUGGGACUGCGCAGGAGGGUGAGGGCCUCGGUGGCCCACAUCUCCCGCCUCCUGAAGGGCAGGCCGGAAGGUCUGGAGAAAGAGAGCCCCCCCAGGAAGAAGGCAGGCCUGGCUUCCUUUCGGCUGGGCCUGAAAAGCAAGGACCGAGCGCCAUUCUUUCUAAGGGAGCUCUCAGAUGAAACGGUGGUCUUGGGCCAGUCAGUGACUCUUGCCUGCCAAGUGUCAGCCCAGCCAGCUGCACAGGCCACCUGGAGCAAAGAUGGGACUCCCCUGGAGAGUAGCAGCCGCCUCCUUAUCUCCUCCACACUCAAGAACUUCCAGCUCCUGACCAUCCUGGUGGUGAAUGCUGAUGACCUGGGAGUGUACACGUGCAGCGUUCGCAACACGCUGGGGACUGCGGCCACCACGGCUGUCCUCCGGAAGGCAGAGCGCCCCUCGUCUUCCCCCCGCCCGGACAUCGGGGAGGUAUAUGCCGACGGGGUGCUGCUGGUCUGGAAACCCGUGGAGUCAUACGGCCCCGUAACCUACAUUGUGCAGUGCAGCUUGGAAGGUGGCAGCUGGAACACCCUGGCUUCUGACAUCUUCGACUGCUGCUACAGUGCCAGCAAGCUUUUGAGGGGCGGCACAUACAUCUUCCGCACGGCCUGCGUCAGCAAGGCGGGCAUGGGUCCUUACAGCAGCCCCUCAGAGCCGGUCCUCCUGGGAGGGCCCAGCCACCUGGCCUCUGAGGAGGAGAGCAGCGCCUCGCGGCCAGCCCAGCCCCUCCCCAGCACGCAGACGUUCGCCUUCCAGACGCAGAUCCGAAGGGGCCGCUUCAGCGUGGUGCGGCAGUGCCGGGAGAAGGCCAGCGGACGCGCGCUGGCCGCGAAGAUCGUUCCCUAUCGCCCCGAGGACAGGACUGCCGUACUGCGCGAAUACGAGGCUCUCAAGAGCCUGCGCCACCCGCACCUGGCCCAGCUGCAGGCCGCCUACCUCAGCCCCCGGCACCUGGUCCUCAUCUUGGAGCUUUGCUCGGGACCCGAGCUGCUCCCCUGCCUGGCGGAGAGGGUCUCCUACUCAGAGUCGGAGGUGAAGGAUUACCUAUGGCAGAUGCUUAGCGCCGCCCAGUACCUGCACGCCCAGCGCAUUCUGCAUCUGGACCUCAGGUCGGAGAACAUGAUCGUCACCGAAUACAACUUACUCAAGGUCGUCGACCUGGGCAACGCCCAGAGCCUCGCCCAGGAGAAGGUCCUACCCUCCGAGAGGUUCAAGGACUACGUGGAGACCAUGGCUCCCGAGCUCCUGGAGGGCCAGGGUGCCGUCCCACAGACCGACAUCUGGGCUAUAGGCGUGACAGCCUUCAUCAUGCUGAGCGCGGAGUACCCGGUGAACGGUGAAGGGACACGCGACCUGCAGAAAGCCUUGCGCAAGGGGCUCAUCCGUCUGGGUUGCUGCUACGCGGGGCUGUCCGGCGGCGCGGUGGCUUUUCUCCGGAGCACGUUGUGUGCGCACCCCUGGGGCCGGCCGUGCGCUACCAGCUGCCUACAGUGUCCAUGGCUAACCGAGGAGGGCCCUGCGGGCUCCCAGCCCGCGGCUGUCUCCUUCUCCACCGCGCGACUUCGAGCCUUCGUGCGCGAGCGAGAGAAGAAGAGGGCGCUGCUGUACAAGAAGCACAACUUGGCCCAGGUGCACUAAGCACCCGGCCUGGCAGAGAGGGGGUGUGUGUGAUGGGGGGUGGGAGGUCGCCCUUCUGGGCUGCGCCCCUCAGUCUCCGCUCUAGGACUCGCUGUAUAUGAACAGACAGGCCAAUAAAAAAGCAGAACCGGA